AUGUGCGGAAAGAACUCGACGUUUGAAUGCGAGGUAGGCUAUCGUUUGGUCGGAUCGUCUUCUCUGCAAUGCGGCAAGGACUCGCUCUGGUCUGGAACAAAACCGGUCUGCAAUGAUAUCGAUGAAUGUGUACAAGGUACGGACAAUUGCGAUUCCAACGCUGAGUGCAACAACACGGUCGGAUCAUUCACUUGCACUUGUCAUGCUUGCUACAGCGGAGACGGCAUUAAUUGCACGCGGACGUCGUGUGCUGUUUUGGAGCCUCUAGAGAAUGGGAGCAUUUCUGGUGAGACGAAUUUGUGUGGAGAAAAUGUGACGUUUGCUUGUAACGAUGGCUAUCGCUUGUCGGGAUCCUCCUCGAGGCAAUGCGACAUAAACUCACUGUGGUCUGGAACGCAACCAGUUUGCAACGAUGUCAAUGAGUGUAGAGAGGGGUCUCACAAUUGUGCUGAAACAGUGGGAUCUUGUACUAACACUGUGGGAGGCUUUAAUUGCUCGUGUGUAAAGUGUUAUGAGGGUGAUGGCAGAUCGUGCGUGAGAAUCGAGUGUGAGAGUCUUUUGUCGCCGUCCAAUGGAACAAUAAACAGCAGCGACACGACAUGUUCUGCGACGGUUGCGUAUGGAUGCGACGCUGGAUACCGUCUGAAUGGUGACCAAGUAAGAACGUGUCAGGAAGACGGUUCGUGGAAUGGAGAGCAACCCCAGUGUUCAGACGUCGACGAGUGUGCGGAGGGCACGCACGACUGCGAUUCUAAUGCCGAGUGCAUCAACGGGAUAGGAUCAUUUGCUUGCACUUGUAAUCCAUGCUACAGUGGCAGCGGGACGACCUGCACGCGUACGACUUGUCUUAGUUUGGUUUCUCCAGAACAUGGAAGCAUUGCAAGUAACUCUAGUCUCUGUGGGGAUAAUGUGGCAUUUGCAUGCAACGUCGGGUAUCGGUUACAUGGAUCCUCCUCGAGACGAUGCGGCAUAAACUCACUGUGGUCUGGAACCAUAUCGUUCUGCAGUGAUAUUAAUGAGUGCACCGAAGGCUCUCAUAAUUGUGCUCAAAGGGGGGGACUUUGCGAUAACACACCAGGCGGAUAUACUUGCUCGUGUGAACCAUGCUAUAAUGGCGACGGCAGGUCUUGCUCUCCAAUUACUUGCGAAAAUCUUACAGCGCCGUCUAAUGGGGCAAUAAGCGGGGAUGGGACAGUGUGUGGUUCCAGGGUAGCCUAUUCGUGUACCUCUGGAUAUCGGCUAAAGGGAGUCAGUUUGAGAAUAUGUACACGGGAUGGCUCAUGGAGUGGAAAGGAGCCUGAGUGUGCAGAUGUCAACGAGUGCAAGGAGAAGACACAUAAAUGUGACACCGCCAAUGGUGCCUGCUCUAACACCGACGGGAGUUAUAAAUGCUCAUGCAAAAAAUGCUACACUCUGAACGGCGUUUCUUGUGAGUUACUUCAUUGUUCCAAUUUGUCGGCUCCAAUUCAUGGAAGAUUAUCGUCAUUGGAUACGGGUUGUGGGAGCGUGGUCUCGUUCUCCUGCUUAUAUGGUUUUGCCCGUUCAAGUGGCUCACAAAAGCGAAAGUGUAAUCCGAAGGGAAGGUGGUCUGGCAAAUCUCUCUUGUGCAAAGAUAUUAACGAGUGCUCUAAAGGCCACGAUUGUGACAAGGUAAAAGGAUUAUGCAAAAAUACGAUCGGCAGUUAUCAGUGCUCUUGCAAACCCGGAUUCUUCGGGGAUGGUCGUACCUGUAGUGGCGACACUUAUACUGUUGAGGGACGCGUAAUAGAUGGUUCGGAUGGCUUGGCUAUUAGGAGAGCGCGCGUUAUGCUGGGAAGUCAAUUGAAGACAACAAAUAGCAACGGCUUCUUCUCCUUCCGUAAUGUUCCCGGCCUUAAUUUCAUACUAAACGCAUCAGCAGAUGGAUAUGUUUCUAAUAAUAAAGAGAUCACUGUGAAUAGCGAUAUCGGAAAAGACUUAGCAGAUAUCAUACUCGUUAAAAUACUGAAAUCAGGUACCUGGAAGAUUGUGGUCACAUGGGGAGAGGAGCCUCGUGAUCUCGAUGCCUACUUAAGACUCCCUGACGGCCGUCGAAUCAGUUACUUCGAGAGAGAGUUCCAGUCCGGAAAUUCGAGCGUCACCUUGGAUAUCGACGACACUAGUCGAUUUGGGCCUGAAUCGAUUACAAUUAAUGAAGGAAGUGAGUCUGGCAUAUACAGACACUAUGUUAAUGCCUAUAGUGCAGAUUUUAGUAGAGGACAAGGGACUGCAGAGCUAUACAAUGGAAAUUCUAAAGUGGCAACACUGACAUCUCCGUUGGGUCCAGAGGAAUACUGGGUAACGUUUCUAAUCGAUACAGGAGUCAAAAAAUUCACGAUUAUUAAUAAGCUGACCAACUUUCCCGACACGGAAGAAAAAUGACUUGUCACUCAAUCUUCGAACUUGAUAGAUGUUUGUUUAAAAGUUGCGAUUGUAUGUGAUGUAUUGAGUAGCUCAGCGCGGUGCUACUAGUAGUAGUAGUUGUAGUAAGUCUUCAAUAAUGCCGAGACCAGGUAUCUGUUUUUCUUCUCUCUUCUUUAAACGUAAGGGUUACAAAAAAUGUAACACAGACUGUGCAGGUCAAUGGAUGAUAUUAGACAAGAAUUUCAGUUUACUGAUUCUGAGCAAUA